UUCAAAAUUGUUCUUAUCAGACGAGAAAAUGGUUUCUAUCCGAGGAAUGUAGGGCCCCCAGGGCUUGCAGUCUGUGAUGUGGGAUUGUGAUUGAUUUAUUAAGGUUUUCCCUCGGGAUUUUUGAAAAUGUAAAUGGAAUUCCUGCCAAUUAAAUAAAAUAUUGUCGAUUAUUCAACGAGCAGAUUUUAUACGAUGGGAGAAAUGACCUUUGCGCCGUUCAUAUAUUGUGUGGUUCAUAUUAUUCGAUUAUUCCCUCGGGGCAUGUAUAAUAACGUUGAUUAUAGCGAACUUCGAAGUGAUCAGUCGUGGGGAAUUGUCAAAUUCAGUGUUUCGUUUACAACCAUUUGGAAAUUGGAUGGGAUGGAUUUUUUUUUUCGUUCGAGUGAAGUCGACGAUAUUUUAUUUAUUAAAAUUACAAUUUCACUGAUCCAGUAACAAAGUAAAAUGAGUAAUUAAUCAAUUUGCAUACUUGACAUCAACCCGAUUAGCGUAUUGAGUCAUAAUGUCACUUAGAUCAUAUAACAAGAACAUAAUUUUUUUCUCUUACUUUAAAGUUACAGUUGCUGAUCUAUUUUGACCUGUUCCCAAGAGCCCAUUAAUUUUCCUGUUGGCAGUUUUGAUUUGGUUAUUGACGUUUAUAUCGAGACCCCUGGAAAUUCAUGUUGUUUGCAAAUGUGAGGGAAUGCUCUGUGCACCAGUAAAAUAAAAUCAAACGAUUUAUACGAGCGGUAUAAAUCGGCGGUGAUUAAAUUAUCCAAGUGCUGUGUACGAAAACAACUCUAUAAUCCGGUCUUUUAGUGGAAAAAAAGUAAAAAAAAGAAAAAAAGUCACGAGAUUGGAGUCGACUGAUGAAACUGUUUUGAUAUCAAUAUUGCCAUCGUUCAAGUUCAGAGAAAUCAUACGCGUAUCACGCACUGUCCUUCACUCAUAGUUAAAGUGAGGCUAGUUUAGCAAAAUAUGAAUGAGAGUUUGAACGAUGUCACAUGUGAAGGCACGUUGGGUUGACGAUUGCGCAAUUAGCUUGUUGGAAGGUACAAAGGGUGACGGAAGUUGUUGGGAAACAGAGAGCGAGGGGAACAGUGACAUUGAAGCUCUCCCUUUGAUUCACGAUAAACAGUGGUUAAAACCUGAAAUUGCAGCCAUGAGGCAAGACGAAACUACGCGUAUUAAUCGCACCAGCUUUGACAUAGGAUCCCGCACGGAACUGAUGACGAAAAACAACCGUCGAAAUUGGCGUCGGCUGUUGGUUGGCGGACUGAUAGCAAUCUUAGUGCUUGCACUGCUGAUCACAGCGAUUAUUUUACUCACGAGUAGUCCAAAUUCUCCAAAUGCCCCGACACCUACUGCAUCUAAAAUUACUCUCGAUGACUGGCUCUUCGGAUCCUUGACCACCAAACCCUUCAAUGGAACCUGGAUAAAUGAUGAUCAGAUCCUGUACAGGGAUGAACCUGGAAAUUUGAUGGUUUACAGCAUUGAAAAUGCUUCAGCGCGAGUAUUAAUGCCGACUUCGCAGCCUGCACUCAGCUCGAGUUUUGAUCAUCAGCUGUCGCCGGAUGGGAAUUAUCUGCUGUUGGCGUCGAAUUAUCAGAAGUUCUACCGACAUACCUAUCUGGCCCAAUACAGGAUUGUCAAUGUGAAAACACUAACCGAGAAACUAUUGACAGUUGGAAAUUCGACAAUCCAACAAUUGGCAACAUGGACGGGCCAUGGAAAUGGGCUUGUGUACGUCAAUCAGAAUAACAUAUAUUACAGACCAGAGGCGGAAGUAAUGAUCGAUUAUCAGAUUACCAACACCGGUGUUUUCGGAAAGAUUUACAAUGCUGUGCCGGAUUGGGUGUACGAGGGUGAGUUGAUGUGCUUUAAUAAAAGUGGCACAACAAACCCUACGGUGAAAUUAUUCUACGUGGACCUUGAGAAAGUGGAAAACAGUGGUAACAACAUAAGCCUGAUCGAGAUCAAGUAUCCACCGCAGUUGGCCAACUCGGAGAGAAUUCUGGCAGCAGUUGCCUUUCCCACUGAGACCCUCGUGUCAGCUACGUGGAUGAACCGAGUCCAAAACCACGCGUAUUUUCAUCUCUACAACGUUGAGACCUCGGUCUACACAACGGCACUGGACUAUCACGAGAAGCACGGUUGGAUUGAACAAUUUACUCCUCCACACUUCAGCAGAGAUGGUAAAACUUUCAUUCUGAUUUUACCUCAGAAACAGAGUUCGGACAAUGACUACUGGUCGCACUUGGUUAUGGUGACGAACACAGCAACCGGUACAACACGUGCACUAACUUCUGGCACCUUUGUUGUCACUGAAAUAGUCGCAUGGGACCAGGACAACUACCUCGUGUACUAUUUGGCGACAGUACCAGGUGAUCCGGGUCAGCAACAUCUGUACCGAGUGUCGACCCUAGAGAUGGUGUCAGUCCCCGAAUGUCUCAGCUGUGGGGUUAAGAGUGAUGCCGAUGGUACAUACUGUCUCUACAACGAAGCAGAACUCUCACCAGAUAACAGUCACUACAUACUCACUUGCGCUGGUCCUGGUGUACCCGAUGUCUCAAUAUACAACAGUAUGAACACGUCGAAAGUGGUGACGUGGGAGAACAACGCCGGAGUUGCUAAAGAGAUAGCGAAAAAAUCGCGACCUCUUGUAAAAAGAUUCACAGUACCAGUGGGUGGUGGUUUUGAGGCGCAAGUUAGAUUGUUGAUACCACCAGGCGCCGACUUGACCGGUACCACCAAGUAUCCAAUGCUAGUUUACGUAUAUGGUGGACCUGACACCUACCAAGUAACGGAAAAAUUCCACAUAGACUGGGGCACGUAUCUCGUAACUAACAAAGACAUUAUUUACGCUGCGAUCGACGGCCGUGGAUCCGGAUUAAAAGGCAGUGCAAUGCUAUUUGCCGGAUACAGAAAUUUAGGAACAGUGGAAAUUUACGACCAGAUAAACGUCACGAGACAUUUGCAGGAGAAUUUCUCCUUCAUCGACAAAACGAGAACAGCGAUAUGGGGAUGGAGUUAUGGGGGAUAUGCUGCUGGUAUGAGUCUGGCAAUGGACCGAGAUGCUGUAUUCAAAUGUGGAAUGUCCGUCGCCCCAGUGACCGAUUGGGCACUUUAUGAUUCCAUUUACACCGAGCGGUUUAUGGGCCUACCAAAAGUCUCCGACAAUCUACAUGGUUACGAGCAGGGCCAACUUUUGAACAAAGUAGAUAACAUUAAAUCCAAUAGCUACUACCUUAUUCACGGAACCUUUGACGACAAUGUGCACUAUCAGCAGUCUCUCCUACUUGCCAAAGUCCUCGAGCAAAAGGAUAUACUCUUUAGACAACAGACGUACACGGAUGAGGACCACGGAAUCGCUCAAUCACGAUCGCACCUCUAUCACUCAAUGGAGAAUUUCCUUGACGACUGUUUAAUAAAAUUAUGAUCACGAGAUAUUUUUCAACGAUAAAAAUAUUGAGAGUACAUUCAGCCUCAGACUUGUCUGUAAAUAAAUGGGAAUAACGACGAUCCUGUACAAAGUUUAUGUACGAUAUUGUAAUAUGAGUGUUCAUGUAAAUAUCAAUCCAGAGAUUAGGGGAAUACGAUGAUUGUCAAGAUUUUUAAUUACAAAUAGAUCGUUUUUUCAAGAGUGAUUAUAAAGUUUUAUGGAAAGAUAUGGAGAACAAUUUUUUAAUGAAUAAAAAUUAUUACAAAGAA